AUCACAUACGACCACUUUUGAUCACAUGACAAAACAUGGCAGCCUCCAUGAAAUUUCUUGCUGAUCAGUAAAAAAAAAACCCAGCAGGCUGUCUACAAUGUCGAUGAAUCAGUGGAAGAAAGACCCUGGCCCUCCGAAAGAGUGGCAUGACUGGGUCAACGAGAUCUUCUCUCCCGCAUUGAAUCUGGAGAAAGAGUCCAUAAUGGAAGGUGUUAACAAGGAUGGUGUAGUAAAGUCAAAGAUAAAAAGAGUGUCCGUGUUGGAUCCCGAAACAGUUCAAGAAGUGUAUGAGAGGGUGCACAUGAUGUCUGUGAUGAAUGACGAAAUGAAGACAACAGGACUGAAAAAGACCACAGGCAUCAAACAGUCACAAUCAGCUGAUCUAUCAUUGAUCAAGGAAGAAAAGAAACCCCGAUCUGUGGAAGUAAAUGUGGAGGAGUCGUGCGUCUGGGACUCACAGGAAAUAUCAGUGUUGCGCAAAGUUUUCAAACAAGUCAAAGAGGAAAACGUAAAACUAAGUGUGAAAAACAGAGAAAUUGAAAAAAGAAACAUGGAAUUAGAAAUGAAAUACAACUCACUCUUAAAAGAAUUGGACGACAAAAACUUCAAGUUGACAGAGGUUGUAAAAGCUAACUCAAGAAUGAAAAUUCACUGUGAACAUUUACAAAAAGAACUAGAUGAAACUAACGUUAGAAUGACAGCCCUAGAGCAAAUAUUCAAAGAAAUAAACACGGAGAAAGCAAAAAUGGUCAAGGAUGUUCAUGAAUUAAGACUUGCUGCUGACAGGGAACGUAUGGAAAAAAACUCCAUUCAACUCAAACUGGAAUCAGUUCAGCAUCAGACUGCUAGUGAAAAAAUUGCUUUGGAGGAGGCGAUAAAAAUACAGUGCCGUGAUCAGGUUGCAAACCUUGAGAAAAACGUGAUGGAUUUAACCAAAGAACUGAAUAAAGAGAUAAAAGCUCACAAGACAACCAAGCGUGGCCUGGACCAUCUCAGGAAUCACUUUGCCAGUUUGCCUUUGUCACACAUUGUGCCCCCUAAUUCUGUAAGCAGUGACCAGAUCAGCCAGUUUCAGUACUAAUUGUGCCAUUUAUGUUACAUAUAAAUUUUUAAAUAAAAUUGUUCUAUUUAC